AUGUCAAAUGGAAGACUUCAACCAGUCCAUUAUGACAAAGAAACUUUGAAAGAAUUAACAAAGCAGAUAGCUUAUGCAUCGAUUAUUGGUGGUGCUAAGGGUGCAUUGUUUAGUGUCACCUCAGCAUUGAUUUUGACUAAAACUUCUAGAAUAUUUAGAACUUUGAGAUUACCACUAAAGAUAUUUUAUCAUUGUGCGAUAAUUAGUAGUGGUAUUAUCUUAUCUGGUGAAGCUCAAGUGAAUAAAUUUCAAAGCCAAUAUUAUCAAAAUGAAUUACAAAAGAGACAGAAACUCCUUGAUGAGGCUGCAGAUAAUGGCGUAUUUUUAGAUGAAAACUAUAUUUCGAAGAGCGUCAUUAGUGCUGAUCAAGGACGUGUGGCUAAAUAA